UUAUAAACUUUAUUCGCGCUUACUACCUACUCUCUACUUUCUGCAUGUCUGAUGUCACGACAAGACCUACUUUAAGUUGUAAUAGGCGGCGAUUGAAAGUGAAAGUUCUAAUUAACAUUGAAUUCCAACAUUUUAGCUAAUAAAUGGCAUUAGAAGCCAUCUCUAAAAUAAUUUUAAUUGAAAAAUUUCGUGUAGAUUUAUAAUGGAGAAACUUAUCAAUUCAAAUGGGGAUUUAAGAAAGAGAAAGGAUGCCGCCAACGAAAUAUUGUGUAAUGCUGAAGAAGAAAAAGUUGAAAAAACUUAUAACAACAAAACUAUUGGAUUAAUAUUUGUGUCCCUACUAUUAGAUCUCCUGGCAUUUACAAUGAUACUGCCUCUGCUACCGUCUCUAUUAGACUACUAUAAUAAAGAGGAAGGCAAUAAGGCAACUUUAUAUUCAUCUCUCCUAAAAGCAGUUCAAAGUUUUCAGAAGCUCACAGGUGCCCCAGAGAGAUUUGCCUCAGUUCUAUUUGGUGGUGCUCUGGGCUCUAUGUAUAGCUUUUUACAAUUUCUUACAAGUCCAAUUGUGGGAAGCCUUUCAGAUGCAUAUGGAAGGAAACCUUUAUUGUUAAUUUGUUUGAUUGGAAUAGCUUUAUCCCAUGGGCUAUGGAGGUAUGCUAGUUCAUUUAGUCUGUUUGUUCUUGCCAGAUUUAUUGGAGGCUUGAGUAAGGCCAAUGUCAGUCUGAGCAUGGCAAUUGUCACUGAUGUAUCUAAUGAAAAAACUAGAGCCAGAGGCAUGGCUUUAAUAGGUUUGGCAUUUUCAGUAGGUUUUAUAAUUGGUCCACUGGCUGGUGCCUGGUUUGCAAAGAGCAAUGACCUCACUUCGGGCUCGUGGGGUGAACGGCCAGCACUGUAUGCUCUGUCCCUUUCACUCGCAAACAUAUUUCUUGUUACAUUUUGUAUACCUGAGACAUUGCCAAAGGAAAAAAGAGCUCCCUUAUCCUUAUCACUUUCCAAAUCAUUGGACUAUGUAUCUCCCUGGCAUUUAGUGAGAUUCAGUGCUGUAAAGAAUUUGAGCCCGCACCAGAGUAAAAUCCUGUAUAAACUUGGGCUUAUAUACUUCAUAUAUCUGUUCAUUUACUCAGGACUUGAGUUCACUUUGACAUUCCUUACCCACCAUACAUUUAAAUAUACUGCCAUGCAACAAGGAAAGAUGUUCUUAGUUAUAGGUGUUAUAAUGAGCGUACUACAAGGCGGUGCAGCUCGGCGUCUUGGCGCUCGCGGCGCGGAGCGGGCGGCUCGGCUCGCACUCGCGUUAACUCCGCUCUCGUUCUUAUGCGUUGCAUUAGCUGCAGCGAACCGACCGCCAAUGAUGGCGCCCAUCGCUUGGCUGUGGGCUGGCCUCGUUCUGUUCGCCUUGUCGACAGCAUUCGCGGUGUCAUGCAUGACGUCAAUGGCGGCGGCGCAGUCGCCGAGCGAGUCGCGCGGCGCCGUGCUCGGCACCGUGCGCUCGCUCGGCGCGUUGGCGCGCGCGGCCGGACCGCUUGUUGCUUCCACGGCAUCUGGAAAGGCUGGCGUGGCACACAAAGAAAAUAUUCGCCUAAAGAAAGAAUUAGAGCAAUUAGAGGAAGAAAAUAACAUGCUACGUCUAAAGUUCGAGAUAUUGUUAGAUAUGAUGACGGACAAAACUGUUGAAGCAGAACAACAGGCUGAUAUACAAAGGUCGCAAAGCUUGGGUUCGCUGAAACAGAAAAGUAAAAAGUAUAAAUGGUAA